ACACUCACGAUGUAAUUCGUACCGAUGAACUUGUUCGGAACGUUUCGACACAACUCUACAUACGCACGGCUGUUUUUUGGCAAAUACUAUCAUAAACAAUUUAUUGAUAACAUAAAAUGACAAAUAAGCGAUUUUUUAAUCCGUUAAGUGAAAAAAUAAAAUCUGUAUAAAAACGAAUACUGUUGUCAAAUCAAAACAAAUAACAAUAACAAAAUAAAACACGCCAAAGCCCAUCGCCACCUGAGAUCAGUGUGGAAGACGACUAGACAACAACAAAAUGGUCGAUCCCCUGUGCAAUUACAAUGUAUUGGAGGCAAUAUUCUCAUAUUUGGAGCUCAACGAUUUAAAUCGAUGUUCACAAGUCUGCAAAAGCUGGUAUCACUUUCUGAACGACGAGAACAGCGAUGUAUGGCGCUGGCACUGCCUACGGAAACUGCCCAAAGAGUCUGUCAAAUCCGACCUGCUGGCUUCUGUUACCACGUACAAGACAAAGCUGCGGGCGUACCUGCACGCUUGGAAUCCGAAUGACUGUUCACGGAAUGUUUACAUUAAGCCAAAUGGAUUUACUCUGCAUAGAAAUCCGGUAGCACAAAGCACGGAUGCCGCAAGGUCUAAAAUAGGCUUUCGUCAAGGCCGGCAUGCAUGGGAAGUAAUUUGGGAGGGUCCAUUAGGCACUGUGGCCGUAAUUGGCAUAUCCACAAAGGAGGCAGCUUUGCAGUGUCAUGGCUAUGUGGCGCUACUUGGAUCUGAUGAUCAAAGCUGGGGCUGGAACCUAGUUGAGAAUCAUCUCUUGCACAACGGUGAUAUGCAGGGCAAUUAUCCGUUAUUAAACAAUGCACCCAAAUACCAGGUGGGCGAAAGGAUUCGCGUUAUACUCGACUGCGAUGAUAAUACUCUAUCAUUUGAGAAAAAUUAUGAAUUCCUGGGAGUGGCAUUUAGAGGUCUGCCAGAUAAGAAGCUUUAUCCCACGGUAUCUGCUGUCUAUGGCAACACAGAAGUGUCUAUGGUCUAUUUAGGGACCCCAUUGGAUGGAUAACUCUAUGAGAUCACAGUUGGAGCCUUACUGCCGUACAAUUUGUAAAAAAUGCAGAUAAAAAUAAUUAGUAAUAUGUAUAUUCGUUUCAAUUUCAUGUCCCUUCUGUCUAGUUUCUAGUUUCUUUUGUACAAAAAAAAAUUAAAUAUGCAUUUUAUUGAUUUUAGAUUUACGCCAAAGUUUAAAUCACCUCUAUUCCGUCUGUAUACC